UAGCAUUGAUCCAAACUCAUUUUUCAAUUUUUAAUCUCAUCCAUAUCCCACAAGACUUGUUUUAUUCCCAUUUCCUCAAUCGUUCUAGAUACCAUUCCUGUCUGAGAGGUUGUAACAUCACUUUGUUUAGUUGAGUGAAAUGUUUCAUAUAAAUAUCUACUAUAUAUGUAUUAAAAGAAUAUGAUGCUUUUUAAUAAUUUAAUUUUGUACUAUAUAUUUUAAGUAAGCAUAUGCCAAUUAAUGGUAUAUAUAAGUCUAUAGAUUGAUAUGAAAAUAUUAUUAUCAUUCUUGAGAUACAAAUCGCAAAAGGGAAUAUAUUCUAUUUCUGAUUUCUUCCUUAGUUGUUCUUCCUUCCUUGUUUACAUUAAUCAUGGCUUCUUUAUUAUAUAGAACUUUUGGCUAUGAAAUUUCUUCCUUUAUAAACCGUUGGUUUAUUCAACCAACUCAUAAUAAUAAUAAUAAUCACAAAACCAAUAAGAAGUUCAACAUGCCAAAGGGUCGACCAAUUUCCUUGCAGACUGUUGAGUUGAAAGUAAGGAUGUGCUGUACAGGUUGUGAAAGAGUUGUUAAAAACGCCGUUUACAAGCUCAAAGGCAUAGAUUCAGUGAAAGUGGACUUAGAGAUGGAGAGAGUAACAGUUACAGGAUAUGUGGAAAGAAACAAAGUGCUUAAAGCAAUUAGAAGAGCAGGAAAAAGAGCUGAAUUUUGGCCAUACCCAAAUCCACCAUUAUACUUCACAUCAGCUAGCAAUUAUUUCAAAGAUACAACAAAUGAGUUCAAAGAAAGUUACAAUUACUAUAGACAUGGUUAUAAUCUCCCAGAUAGACAUGGGACCAUUCAUGUGUCUCAACGUGGUGAUGACCAAGUUAGUAACAUGUUUAAUGAUGAUAAUGUUCAUGCAUGUUCUGUUAUGUAAAUGUAAAUAAAGUUAAUAAAACUAAUUUCCUCUGUUUUUAUGUGUGUACGUUUGUUGCUAGCUAGUGCCUAGUUGUUAAAACUUUCAACAUAAUAUGUAAAUAUGGAGUGAA